AUGAAUUUAUCUGAAGAGGAUAUUGAAUAAUGUUAAAGAGCGUUUAAUGAUUUAGAUGAUGUAACAAAGUUGAUUAUAUAAAUUACGUUAGAGAGGUGAAGGAGAAAUAAUGACAGAUGAUUUAGAGGUUGCCUUAGAAACUGUUGGAUUGAAGUAGAAACCUCAUAAAGUCCAUAAAUUAAUAAGUGAAAUAGAUGAUGGAAAUAAUGGACGUAUAAAAUUUAAAGAGUUUUUGGGACUUUAUGCUAGGCUUAAAUAUGCUGGAUUAUAAGAUGAUGAUUAAGAUAUGAUUGAUGCAUUUGUAGCCAUGGGAGGAAAUGAAGAUAAAACAGGAAAUAUAGAUGCAGAAAAGUUGAUUAGAAUAAUUAAGAAUGAAUUUGAAUUAACAAUUGAUAUAGAAGGAUUAAUUAAAGAAGUUGAUACUGAUGGAUCAGGGGUAAUUGAGUUUGGAGAGUUUAAAGAAUUAUUAAAAACUAAUUACUUGUAAGAUGAUGAAAAUGAGUAUCCUUGA